AAAGUUUUGAAAUUGAUCACUUCAAAUAUUGUUUGCUUGCAUUAUUGUUUUAAAACUAUAAUAAAUCCAAGAAUGGCCACUGAACAGUUACAAUUAGUGAAACAAACACAUUCUUCAGGAUUGCAAGAGGUUUUUAAUCAAGAUGUAACUACAGUGAAAGGAUCACUUGUGUUUGUAAAACAAUUCACAGCAUUAUCUUUCUCAAUUAUAUCGUACAUGCGUUCUAUAUUUCCAGAAAUUGCUUAUGCUGAGAAAGAUUUUGAUAAUGUUAAAGUUAAAAUAUUAGCUGGCAACUAUGAGUGUAAAGAUGCAUAUUUAAUGACAAAAUGGAUAAAAAGUGCUUUUGAUGCAUUGGAUAAUAGCUAUAUGAGAGAGCUGGUUUUGGAAAUUUUGACACCUGAAGAUUUUCUAUUGGAAUAUUAUGCUGUUGAAUAUAAGUAUACCAAAGAAGGACCGACAUGUUCACUUUCCUCUAAUACAAAAACCACACUAGACUUUGACAGAUUGGGGUUUGAAAAUUCAACAAAAAAGUUGAUCAACAACCUCUUAACAAUAACCGAAAAUCUUGAGCCCUUACCACAAAAGUAUAAAUUACAACUAAGAAUAAACUACUAUGAUGAUGCAACACCUCUUCACUAUAAACCAAAAUUUUUUAGUCAUGCUAAGCCAAAUGACUUACAACUGGAAAAAUUAAAAAAACAAUCAAUAGGAUCUAUAGAAUCUCCUCAUCAUAGCAUAAGUAUUUACAGUGGGUCUGCCCUUAUGGCUCUUGAUGAUAGUCAACAAAGUUUCUUCUCUCAGUCAGAAUUAGAAGAUGGAAGACUUCCUGAAAUAGAAAAGUCCAAGGAAAUCCCUGUAAAAGACUUCCCCAAGAAAGUUAAAAAAAUAACAAAAUUUGCUGAAAGUGAUGAUAUUAAACAAAAUAGUCUUCUCUACCAUACAGACAGUCAACAGAAUGUCUUCAUUCAACCAGAUACAGAUAAUGGAAGAGUACCUAAAAUAGAAAAAUCUAAGGAAAUACCAGUAAAAAGUAAUCUCGAGAAAACUAGCAAAUUAACAGAAUUUGCUAAAAUCGGUGCUGAAAGUGGCGAUACUAGGGGAAAAGAUAUAGAAGUUGACAAUUCUAAAAGUUACAGUAACUGGACUUGGUCUUUGGACAAGAAUGCAAGUCAAGAGGAUGAUACAAUAUUGACCUCAGGAAAGAGCAACAGCUCUAAGGAACAGCUGUGCUGCAUAUGCACACAAGAGUUCAAGGAGGAUAAUACCUUCAAAUGUCAACACUGUGAAUCGCUACAUCAUCUGGUAUGCUACAAGAUCUCUUCUUUUGGCAAAAUACCAGAAAAUGGUUGCUGCUAUGCAUGUGCCAAGUUGGACUGCAACCUUGAAUGUACUGAUCUAACUUUGAUGAAAUAUAAACAAAGGCAAGCUAAGCAUUUGGCAAUUUAUAGGCAAGUUCUCUAUAGAUGCCAUGGAAUGAAAAACAUUACCAUCAAAUAUCUUGAAAUUUUGAGUGCCUCACCAGACAUGGCACAAGAAAUAUUGAAGAAAUUAAUGCAAGAAAAUUUUAUAAAAUGCCAGAACAAGACAAAAGGCCUUUACAAAAUAAACAAGGUUAAACUGGGACACUUCUUCAAGACUUAUUUCAGCACGUAAUGAAGCAAUUUUGAAAACAAUUGUUAGAAUUCAGUCAAUUUAACCUCAGUAUUAUUUAAAUUUUGUGGAGAAUAAAUAGGAGAAAAAUAAAAAUUUCAUUACAAUUAACUGGUCUUUAUUAA